GGUCUGCUUGAAAGCCUUGGGUGGCCCCACUACACAGCAUACAGCUAGUAUACAGCUUCUUCUUCGCCCCUUCCUGCCGCAGGCUUAAACGCAUAUUGAGCAGAAUGCGCUUCAACAGACGGCGUCCAUCCUCUUUCUGGAAGCUCUCGCCUCACAAGCACGCUCGCAAGAUGCAGCCUCGAGCAGGAUCGAGAGUAGGGGCAGAGGGAUCAAUGCUUCAGCUACACGAGGCCAGCCCCCACAGCACAACGGCCCAGGAUCCUUCUCAGGAAAAGGUGGACUACCGCAUGCCUACGAUUGUUUUCGCGGGGGCUCUCUCGAUCUUGUCCUUCAUCCGGAGCGUCUCAUGGCUGAAGGAGCCUUUCCCUUCUGACAUUCUGGACGGGGCAUUCGCAGUUCUGUCAAUCGCUUCAUUCACCCCCGCCUGCCUUCUCGAGCUCUUUGGCGCCAAAGCCGCCCUGCAGAGGCGCCUUGACCAUAUGAGCCUGUACACGAAGGCGUCCGUCUUCGUCAAGGGUACCGCGGUCGCUGUCUGCACUUUGCGGCUGUUCAUCGUCUGGGUGAUCGGUGAUACCUGCCCCCACAGUAAAUUCAGUUGUUUCGGGCAAUACGGAUGGUCGAUUGCGACACAAUCUUGGCUACUCAUCCUUCAGGCAUUCUUUUGCUGCAUGUCCAUCAAAUUCGCGUUUGAAUACCGGCUCCAACUUCUUCACCCGAGCGAACGCUCCAAGGAUGUCGGCCUCGCGGAACAGGGACAAUAUGAGUCUCUGAUUGACACUCCAGGGUGCAUGAAGCACCAAGCAAUGGGGGACCAGGACGAGGAAUUCGAGGAUGAGUUCGUACCCAGCACCUCUUCAUCCACUGGUCCUCCGCCUGCCUACGAGGCUGCGUGAGUGUGGCAUUGGUGACCUGGUCUUUCUUCCCUCCCAUCUUCGAGAACGUCAGCCACCUUCAGUUGUCAUCUUCCCUUUCUCCAGUAUUUCUUCCUUAUUACAUUGUCCAAUCCUGAACGUUGUAAUAAUACUU